AUGUUAAUAGCAGACGAAGAUAUUACCACGGAAUUGGACAGGGUGGUUUGUAGGCUCAUGAAGUUAGCGCUGCAGUCCAGUAGGGCGCGCCAGACACCUCCCCCGUCCAGGUGGAUGCAAUGCAAGCUUCUUGAUCUCCUCACUCUCACAGAGAAAGCUAUAGGGCGGCGCAAGAAGCAGUUUAUUGAAAACUAUCCAAUCUUGGCUAUAGAGAAAAUGACGAAUACGGAUGAUACAAAUUAUCAAAAUACUGACUUGGAUGUAGAAGACGAAUUUCUAAGUACGACCAGCAACGAGUUCUUGAAAGAUGAUGAAUACAUUAAAGGUAUUUCUCCAAGUUUGGUUAUGCCUCAGCCAGUAUUCAGCACGGAGAAUUUCGUAAUCGCAGAGUCGCCGCCUAUAAACGACAAUCCGUUAGAAAGAACAAAAGCUUGGUUAGACGAUGACAUCGAAGCGACUACAUUCCCCAAACAUGAAGUAAACUACGAAAACAUAAGUUCUGGUGAUACAGAUCACAGUCUUACUAACACAAGACACAAGCAAAAGAAAUCAAACAAGAGACAAAACAUAAAUAAAAAAGAUUUCAAAGAAUCUAAUGCUGAUUCAAAAUUUUCGUUGCACAGCAAAGUUUCUUCCAAGUUUAAAAUUAAACGAGAUGAUAAACAUAAAAAGAAGAAUGGUAAUACAAAGCCCACGAAGAAGUUGCCGAAAAAGAAGCCAAGUUAUAACACUUUGAUCAAGAAACAGUAUUCAUCACCUGAGUACGAUACUUACGCGGUCAAGUCGAAGAGAAAAAGUAAAGAGAAUCACUCUUUUAACGUUUCUGCAUCAAAACCGGCAAAAAGUUUAAUAGAACUUUGUCAUCCGGAAAUGAAGGUUUGUCAGCCUUCAGGUGGGCAACCUCGUAUAACAACGAAUAAUAUUGACACUAACCAUAACGUUGUUAUUGCUAAGAUGCCUGAUUGUGACAUCUCUGCAACCGAAGAAAGUUACCUUGUUGACAUUGUUAUGCAAGACUUCGAAGAAACUGUAGCAUUGCGUAGAACUGUAGGAACGGAUGCAGAAAAAAAGCUUUCUGAAGCUGAGUAUGAUAUAGGAAGUCUAAAUAACGAUUUUGAUGAAACAAUGUGUCCCAAACAUGAAGUGAGCUCAGAAAAUGUGCAGUCACAAACUAUUUUUCUUAACGAUAUAAACGAACCGAGUACUUCAAAAGGGAUUCGUCACAAUAUUAGCACUGACGUACAAUGUGGCCCUGAUACUUUUGCUACGCACCCGAUGCUAUCUGCAUCUACGUCUUUUGUAAAGAUACCACCCGUAUUUACAGCAGGCGUUAAGAUUCAAGAAGUAGGAGAUGACACUAAUAUGAAAGGGAUAGAUAUUGGUACAUCUACCCAAGUUACUAACACCACAACUAUAACACCAAGAUUGAGAUCGGUUGGAAUUAAAAUAAAGGAUUCUGACGUAAAUUUAAAUGAUAAAACGGAAUCUUGUACAAUGACCGUUCAAGAUUCUAUUCUUCAAACGUCUGGGAUGUUUAGUUACUCUCCAAAACGCAGCUCGGGUAGAAACAGCAUAAUAUCAUCUCCUGAAACUAGAUUGUUGAAACCCAUAUCGAGUUAUCUGAAAACCGAGGAUUCAGGGUCAGAAUUCUGUGAACCAAGUAUUGCGAGUUCUUCAAAAACUCAUACGUUUUUUGUGAAUGCAUCUAUAAAUGCAAGUCAAGUUUUAGUUAAGUCUCCUCCUGGGAGCAAAGAUGUAAUAAUAGAAGCAAGCUCUAGCAAAAAUAUGCGCCCUAGACUAUCUUGUGGAGGUGUCCAUGUCCACAGCUUCAGAGAUAAAGAGACUUCUGAAGAUGUCGUUUUCCAAGGACAGUGGCAGCGUCACAAACCUAAAGCGUGUACACGAAAAAGGUCCUGCAAUUUUACGUCUUUCAGAAAAGCAAAUGAAGCGGCCGUAAAGAAAAAUAGAGAAACUUUAAAGGAGAAAGGAUUGGGUUCCAAGGAAAAAAUGUUUAGGAGAAGACAGGAUAAAAAACAGAUCGAAGCAGAUAUCAAGAAACCCAUUCAAGUGAGAAAUACAAAGCCACAAAAAUUAAAACUAGAUGAAAAAAGUCAAACAAAGAAACCUGUUACUAGUGCUAAUAAAUUAUCAAUCACAGCAAAUAAUAUUCAAAGACCAGUAAAGACGGUAACCAAGGUGGCAUCUAAAAUAGGAAUGAGUGUCAUCUCAAAGACUACAAAAUCUACGUUCACCGUGAAAAAACCUUCAAUAUUGUCUAAUCUAGCCGGUAAAGAAGACAAUGAUAAACCGAAGAAAUUAAAGAAAAGUUACAUACCUUUAUACUUGCGGUUAAGAAAAGCUGCACUGUUAUCAGACAACGACAAAGAAAACAUAAACCAAAAUGUAGAUUCUGUAUGUGGACAAGAUACCCUGGACAAAGAAAAUCGUAAAAUAGUUCAAAAUGUUCCCAUUCAAGACGUAAAAAAUGAUUUGCUCAAAUUUAGCGACGAAGUACGUGAAAAUAUUAGUUACUUGGUUUUUCGUAAUGAAUUACAAGACAAUGUAGAAUCACCAGAAGAUUUAUCAAGUGGGAGUACUGUAGAUCACAGUAAAAGUACUCCUAGGCCUUUAGAAGCUUUGAAACACUCCCAAAGUGCCCAGUCUUUGAAUAGUUCCACUUGUUCGUCACCAAACAGUGUUGCUACUGUUAGGGCAGUCGUCACACGCAGUAAGAUUCUGUCCCACAGGAGACAUUCUACAUCAUCUUAUAAAAGUAAUUUGACUACGAAUAGUGAAUCAGAUGGCACACCAACUAAAAUUAAGAAAGUUAUCAAAAGGUGCAAAACUGUAAAAAAGGCUGAAACUAAAGAUGUUAAUAAUAAGGAAAACGUUCCGGAAUCAACACAAAACUUUGCGACUAAAGACAAAGAUAAGUUAUCCAAGUUAGCUUUUAAUAGUAGACACAAAAGUGUCUAUAUAGCGCAAAUUAAAACUGAAGGUUCACCCCCGCCCAACACUCUGUCGCGACAUAAAACACAAAUAGCCAAUAAAUCGAAUAUCAUAAUAGCUGCACGGAAAGACAGUGACGAAAAACGACGCGCAAGUGGACCUACAGUUUCAAAGAAAAAGUCAAUAAAAUCUGAUACAUCUUCGGCAUAUGAAGAUUUUAUCACGUGUCAGUCUGAUUCUUGCGAGAGUUCAGAUUCCACGAAUAUGGUUCUUGUGUUGGAACCACAGUUAAAUUACGACAAUAUUCUGGAUUUGCAAAACAUUUCGCUUAUUCGUAAUACGGAAUGUAAUGUAGAUCCUACCAGUCAUUUAGUGCCAGAAUGGGUAAAAAACUCGAGUUUACAUAGUCGCGCAAGCAAUAUUUUUGACUCUGUGAGACGAAUAUUGGAAGAUGCAUUAGAUUUAGCCAUUAGGCCAGGUGACCAUAGUACGCGCCAUUCAGGUUCUAAAACGGUGAUUCUGAAAGAACCAAAUCAUGAGGUUCUUGAUAACCGAGAUGACCCCUCAGAUGCCAAAGCAGUCACUGAACCUGAUACCACACAAUUUUUAGAGCGUGUUAUAGAAACUGCUUUGGAUAAAACCUUCGACACUGUUCUUGGCGACGAAUUAAACACUGUUGGUAUAAACGACACGAGGUUAACUGCUGUUGAUUUGGAUAUGUUAUCAUUUAAUUCGAUUACAUCAGUUUCAAAAAUAUCUACUGAUAAUGAACUCAACGUGCCCCUAGAGACAGAACAGGCACAUUCUACAGUAUCAUCACAAAAUACAACCUCCGUGCAGGACAUAUUUGAACGGAAAGAACCGCACUUAAUUCAGAAUACACCGGGUGCACUUGCAGUGCAAGCAUUCAGUGGUUUUUCCCUCGACGUGGAGCCCGUAGUUGGUGAUCAACCUGAUCCAGUCGCACUUAUUGAUUCGGAAACAGGCAGUCCAGCGUUACAGUUUACUAGACUAGCUACGUCAGAAGAAUUAUUUAUAUCGGGUCGAUCAUCAGACAGUUAUGAGUCAUGCCUUAUAGAUGAUGAUACGGUUGUUCCGACUUGGUUGUUCCAACUUAUCAGUCAGCAACAGUCUGUGGAAGAUGAUCGGGAGCCAGUCCUUCUUGGUCCUGUGGCCGCCCCGACCAAUGAACCGAUGUAUGACGCGAAUGGAAACGUUAUUGAGCCUUCCCUGAUUGGUGUCAGCGCUGGCGCUGGUGACGGACGAGGCAUACAUAGUGACCACUCGCAAGAUAGCUCGGGGAGAGGCACCUCACUUAGUUCCAGUGAUACCUCUUCAGGACCACAGAGUGCAGUCAGUACUAUCCUUAUCGACCCGGCAUUUACGACUCCGUUAGACCUUCUUCGGGAUCCUAUGUCCAGUUCUGCGGUGUUGCAGAGCGAGCCUCACUCAUCUGACCGGACUUACAGAAUAAACAAUGACCUUCGUAUCGACAGAACGGGAAUUCUAAGCGGGGCGAGUGACGUUGACGCUGACGUAAGCUCUAUCGAUACUGAUGUCCCCGACCUAUCUGAUAAUUGA